AUGGCGACUUCAAGCGCUGUUUCAGUCCAUAUGCACAUCGUCUCUGACGGGAAAGAGAGGCGUCAAUGGAGAAGACUCUACUCCUGGCUUGGUUUCCAAAAAGGAUACAAUGUCCCGUUGUUCGUUGUGUUCGCCGCCGCACUUCUAGGCUUCAGUCUUGCCCGACUCGAGUAUCUCGAUUUGGACAUCUUCUCGAACGGCGCGUCGCCAGGGGAAUGGUACUGGUAUCAGACUGGUCAUUACCGAGUUGGCUUGCUGAUCCACUUGGCCACGGUCCUACCUGCCGGUAUUCUGGUGGUCUUUCAAUUCGUUCCGGUCAUUCGCCAACAAGCAAUGCUGUUCCAUCGCAUCAAUGGCCAUGUCAUCAUCAUUCUCCUUCUGAUCAGCAACGCCGGCGCGCUCAUGAUCGCUCGACAUGCUUUCGGUGGGGAACUGCCCACACAAGCUGGGGUUGGUGUGUUGGUUAUUUUGACAACCAUCGGAUUGGGGAUGGCGUACUAUAACAUCCAAAAGCUUCAAGUGGAUCAGCAUCGAGCUUGGAUGUUGCGAACCAUGUUCUAUCUGGGCGCCAUCAUUACCACUCGAAUCAUCAUGCUCAUCGCCGCCUUGACUGUGUCCCAGAUCGGAUCGUACAACGUGAUCAUGACGUGUGGUGAACUAAGCUCGAUUCAUGGCCAUAACAACCUUGCUGGGGCCUACCCUGAUUGUGUGGCAGAUUCAGACGUCUUGGGGAAUAAGCUGAAGAUGAUACACGCAGAUUUCUUUAGUGGCAUCGAGGAAGAGACUGGAGCGAGUCUUCGGAUCAGUUUCGGAAUGGCCUUGUGGCUGGCAUUCUUCCUGCAUGCAGUAGGCAUUGAAGUAUACCUCUCAAUGACACCGCAAGAAGCUCAAAGGCUCAGGAUGGUGUCAUAUGUGAAGCAACUGAAGGCAGGCAUGAGCAAUCCAGGCUCUGCAGGACUGGUGGUGGAGAAAUUCGGUGAUGCGGAGGCAUGGAAACCGACAGGAGAGGUCGAUAUUGGCGACCGAGACCGCAUGAUGUGA